GAUUUCGUAGAAUUAUUAGAAAAAAUUUUAUCAUCUGGAGAAGUUAAUGCCGUUAAAUUUUUUAAAAAGACUGAAUUUAUAUUCUCUCAGAAGGAAGAGGCAGAAAAGGCAUUGGAAAUUAUUAAUUCCAAGGAUGAUAUACAUAAUCAGUUUUGGAGUAGUCUUAGAAUUCGAGAAGAGAAAACUACUACUAAUACAGUACAAAUUAUAUUACAGAAAAAAGAAGAGCAAAAUGCUUGUCAAAUAAGGACUAAUUUGUUGGAAGAGAAUAUUAAAUUAUUAACAGAGGAUGAUGACAAGCUGAUCUUUGAUGACAAAUUAGAGACAGAUUCAAAUGAUGAAGUAAAUUUUGACAGCAACAAAGUAUUCAGUAUAGAUCAAAUUCAAACUGAUGACGAUGAAGAUAUACCUCUAGAAGAAUCAUUUAUCUCUGCCUCUAGCAGUUCAGAAAUUUGGACCUUGCCUUCAAGUAAAAACUUUUGCGUUGAUGACAGGAAAUUCAUAUCAAAUGAUCAUGAAUCUAUGUUACAAAUUCCUGAGCUGGCACCCGAAGAGAGCUUAUUUAUUUUGAAGGUUGAGGAGAGUGAAAACCAAGUUAAUAUCUUGGAUUUUACUCCGAAAAGUACACAUACAGAGGUCGAUGUAAUUGUAAACCUUGAAGUAUAUUCUACAUGGAGUACAAACUAUGCCAAUGGAUGUAAAUAUGAUGUUCGCUUCCUAUCAGCAUCAGGAGUUAAUGUCGAAGAGUGGGAAUUUUUCACAAAAGUUAUAGCAAAUAAGACUAUUGGUGAUAGAUGCCGUUCCUCUCGAAUAAAUCAAUCGAUAUUAAAUAGAUUACUAAAAUAUAAUUUCAAUGAUGAUCAAUUUGAAUUGCCUAUAAAACUUCGAGAUAUUGGAAAACUGAAAACUACUAUCAAUGUUAUCAAGCUAGUUAUGGAAAUAUACGAAAGAACAUGCGAAACAAUCGAAAACCUAGAAACAUUUCAUCACAAAUUUGACGAUGUAUUUAAUGGAGAUUACCACUUUGUAGACAAGCCUACUCAUUUUAAAUACAAAUAUAUUCGAAGAUGUG